GCCGUGACCAUAGAGAGGGGAACGGGGCGUGGCUAGAGCGGCUCCGUCGUUCCCAUGGCAACAGCGGAAGCCGGAAGUGCCGACAGCCGGAAGUGCCAAUGGAGCGGCCGGAGGCGGCUGCUGCUCCCCCAGGGCUUCCCCGAGAGCGUCAGCCCCGACUACGGCGCCUACCAGGCCUGGGACAGCCUGCAGGCCCUCUGCUCCUCUCUGUGCUCGUCUCUCUCCGCCCGGGCCGUGCUCGAGGCCGUCGGGGUCGGCGACGGCGCCGCCUCCGUCACCGGGGCCGCGCUGACCUGGCUGCUGCGAGACGGGGUCGGGAUCCUCACCAGGAUCAGCUUCGUGUGCCUGCAGGGGAGCCACCUGGACUGCGAGGCCAAGCAAUGGCGGUUCAUGGCGGACGUGCUCAAUGACGUCGCGCUGGUGCUGGAGAUCCUCGCACCCCAUUGGCUGAGCCUCGGCCCCGCCCUCCUGGUCAUGGCGGCCGCCGCCAGGUGCGUGGUGGGCGUGGCCGGCGGCGCCACCAGGGCGGCCCUGGCCGUGCACCAGGCCCGAGGGACCAACGUGGCCGACGUGGCCGCCAAGGACAGCAGCCAGGAGACGCUGGUGAACGGGGCGGGGCUGUUGCUGUCGCUGCUCCUGCUCCCCCUGCUGGACGGCGCGGGCCAUGGUGGGCGUGGCCUUUCUGAAACUGGGCGUGGCUUUUCUGAAAGUGGGCGUGGCCUAUCCGGAAUGGGGGCGUGUCCCAUCUCACCUGGCCACGCCCCUCACCUGUCCAGCCUCACCUGGGCCGUGCUGGGGCUGCUCCUGGCCGCUCACCUGGGCUCCAACCUGGCCGCCCUGGGCUCCCUCACCUUGACCUCCCUGAACCGGCCCCGCCUCCGCCUCGCCAUUGGCUGGGCCCUGCGAGGGGGCGGGGCCGGCGGAGAGAGGGGCGUGGCCUGGCGAGGAAAGGGCGGGGUGGAGCUGGAGCUGCCCCGCCCCCAGCAGGUGAACCCCAGGGAGCCGCUGCUGCCAGGGUUCGGUUCCCGCCUCCGGCUCCACCUGGGGGCGCCCCUGGAGCACCUGGUGAGCAG